CGCAAUCCUAAUGUUUUCUUUUUGACAAGGAAAUGGAUUUUGAUGCUACAUUCACAUAUGAGAGUGGCCCACUUCAGUAUGAGGAAUUCCCAAGAACAGAUGAGCCAUUGCAUAUUCUGGGAGAACGAUACAGCACACUUUAUGACCUGGACGACUUGAAACUUGAUAUUCUUUCACGGCUAUGGUUCACGUACAGAAAAAACUUCCCACCUAUAGGUGGCAGUGGUCCUUCGUCAGACCAGGGAUGGGGCUGUAUGCUGAGAUGUGGCCAGAUGAUGUUGGCGCAGUCUCUCUUGCUGAGACAUCUAAACCGAGAGUGGCGGUGGGACAAACACAGCAACAGCAGCAGCUACUGGAAGGUUCUGAGGAUGUUCCAGGACAAGAAGAGCAGUGUCUACUCCAUACACCAGAUUGCAUCAAUGGGAGAGUCAGAAGGUAAAGCAGUGGGACAGUGGUUCGGACCAAACACAGUUGCUCAAGUUUUAAAGAAAAUGGCCGUUUACGAUGAUUGGAGCUCAAUGGUUAUUCACGUUGCCAUGGACAACACAGUUAUAGAAGAAGACAUCAGACAGUUAUGCAAAUGUCACCAGGAAAAUGGCGUCGACCCGUGUAUAGACAUGAACAACCCGGAGUGCAAUGUGUUCCCGCGGAGUGAUUCCAACGAUGGUGUAAAGGACUGUGUGAAAAGUGACAAACCAAAGUCUAUAGACCCCAGUGUGUGGAAACCCUUGUUACUGAUCAUCCCCCUUAGACUCGGAUUAACCGACAUCAACCCAGUGUAUUUUGACAGCUUAAAGGCAUGCCUGAGUGUCAAGCAGUCAGUUGGUAUCAUUGGUGGCAAACCCAACCAUGCUCACUGGUUUAUAGGACAUCUAGGUGAAGAGUUGGUUUACCUCGACCCUCACACGACCCAGCUGACGGUUGACCUGAACGAGACCCCCGAUGAUGACACCUUCCACUGUCCGUACCCGGGACGCAUGAAGAUCCACCAGCUAGACCCGUCUGUGGCCGUGGGUUUUUUCUGUGGCAGAGAACAAGAUUUUAAUGACCUGUGUUUGACGUUUCGUAAGCUGAUCAUCAAAUCGAGCAAGACGCCGAUGUUUGAGUUACACCAUUACCGACCACACGACUGGCCGUCAUUAGAGGUACAGAGAGAACGAAACGUCUCCGUCAAUUCAGAGUUUGCUGAUUUGGGUGCGGUCGGAGGCACAAAUUACGACAGUGAAGAGGAGUUUGAGUUGUUGUAGCAGACGUUUCAUGCCUGUGUUGUGGAAGAUACCUGAUGACUUGACAGCAUAAUGGUUGUCAUGAGAAACUGUGAUUAUUCAAGUGAUGGCAUACUGUCAUAAUUGAAACGAUGUGCAAGUACAUACAAACCAUAAUGUAUCAUUAUAAUACUCAUUCUUCAGCACUAUGCAUGUUUUAGAGCAUUCAUAAAAAAAAAACACACACACAAAAAAAACCCAUAUAAUAAUAUGGUUUAGAGUACCAUAAUUUUAGCAGAUUUUUGGUGAUUAUUUUAUUUAUUUUAAUUUUUAAAAUUAUUUUAAUACAGCUGAAAACUAAGAACAAAAUAUUUAAAAGAAAAGUAUGGAAGUAAAAAGUAAGUAUGUUAGGGUAUUUUUAUAAGGGAAUACAUGGGGUGGGGGGGGGUUUCACAUUAAAAGUCUUAUGUGGUAUAAUGGGGGCUGAAAUACAUGUAUCAGUACUGUGGGUUUGACUGCCUGUAACAUGGUUAUAACUUCCUCAUAUUGUGGAUGAGAGUUUUUGGUUGCUGUUAGUAUUUGCUGUUACUAAUUCUUUUCAUCAUUGUACUUUUAAAAUUAGCUUAAUUCUUCGGGGAGUCAUGAUGAAUAUAUAUUUUGUUUCAAUUGCAAAAAAUAAAUACUGAUGGACCAAACAUGACAAAUGGGGUGUUGGAUGACAGUAAUUCAUUUUAAAUAUUUUAUAUAUGUGUUGAUAUAAUGUAAUCAGUCUUGAAAUAGAGAAUUGUAUUAUCCAUAUGGCCUUGGGUAGUCGGACAGUAAGGCUCGAAUCGUAAACCAGGGUUCUUUUUGGUCAUGGAAUUCCUGGAAAGUUAUGGAAUUCCUGGAAAGUUGAAUUCCUGGAAAUUCGUGGAAUUCCUGGAAAGACCUGAAAUUCCUGAAAAGCCAUGGAAUAUGCCUGGUAAAUAAGUGUAUGAAAUCUGUAGAGUGAUGUUAGCAUAUUCAUGUAAUGUGUGUGCAAUUAAAACUGCAUGUGCACACAUCUAAAACGUUACUGUUUAAUUGUUUUUAAAGGUGCAAACAGCAAAUAAAAUUGGUGCGGGUGGGUUUUUUUUUGCUGAUCCUUUGUGAAAAACGAUUGGAUAUCAUAGCUGAAACGCUUUCUGUUCAGUGUAGCAUGAACAGUUAAACCAUGCGAAGAAGUUAGAUCAGUUUUUACAUGAACAGGGUAUAAGGUACUAUAACACUUCACAGUAGAUCACAGAUAUUUGAAGCGGGAUAAAUUGAAUAUCGGUUUGCUGCUUAAAGAUAUUCGCCAUAGCACUUUCAGGUUGAAUAGUGGACAUUAAUUUUUCUAACUUCUGGACCCAGGACGUAGCCCAGUGGUAAAGCCCUCGUCUGAUGCACAGUCAGUCUAGGAUCAAUCCCCGUUGGUGGGCCCAUUGGGCUAUUUCUCAUUCCA